ACUUGACCCACAUUAAAGAAAAUUAUUGGCCACACCUUUUCAAUGGUUGGUGCUGGAAUUUUCAUAUAUCACAGUUAUAUAUGUAUGUACUUGUGCCAGAUCCUAUCUUUUCGGAACAAUAAUUUGAUCUCUUGUUCUUGAUGUUUGACUUCCGUUUCAAAACAUUAGCUAUGGAGGGAGCGUUAGUGUUUCAUAAAUACCUGUUCUUUAUUUCUAUUUUCUGAUCAACCUCCUCCAAAGGAAUUCAACUUAUCAUAACAUCACUUAACACACGUUGUUUCGAAGAGCAUAGUAUCUCUAAGGUUUUUCAUCAGUUUUUAUUUUUACUAAAGGAUAUGCGAGUUUUAUCCGUUAUGUUUUAGUUUUUAAACAUAAUUUUGUUUAAGUAAUUGCUCUAUACUUUUGAUCAUAUUAAAUGUAUAUUUUAGAAACUAAAAUACAUUCGGGAUACGAAGCAAGUGUAUGUAAUAUCGUGAGUGCCCUCACAGUUAUCUAACUUAUUAUCGCUCUUUUGCGGGGGAGUCGAGAAAGUUCUUUAUCUUGCAAGAUUAAUUGUGCUUGACAUUGAUGUUUACAGUGGUGGCAUUCGAAUGAUUCGAACAAUCUUCAUACCGACACUACAUAGACAUUGCAAAGUAUUAUACUCCAAAUAAAAGAUCUUUUAUAAUUAGGACAUUUAAUCAGCUUUAAAAAGUAUACUUGUCAAAAAGUCCCCACUUUUAUUAUUUUGAGUAUUUAAAAAUCUUAGCAGUAAUUAACUAGUUGUUCACAAUUUUGACUUAAUUUUUCAAUGAUUGCCUGUUACGACCAAGUAAAAUUGAAAUCGAAUGUAUAAUUACCCAGCCAUGACCCUUUUUGUUAAAAAGCAUGAAGUGCGAGUUUCAUAUGUUUUCGGGUGUAUCUUCCAUUUAUUUAAAUUGCCAUGUGUUCUCCAUCUUCAGUUGUUUAGGAAAAACAGAAAAAAGCUUGUUUAAAAUGCCGUGUAUGUACGAACGACAAAGUGCAAAUGAAGUUGCUAUGGUCUAAGCUGGUGGUACUAAAGGAAAGUUGUAUUUCCUUCGUUUGUAUUUGUUUAUUUUAUGUAAAACCGUUAAAAAUACCGUCAGGAAGAUGCACAAAGCUUACUUGUAUUCCUUAUAAUCAUUAAAAAUUGCUAGAUUUUCAAGAAAUACCACUUAAUCACCCUAGAGUUUAACCGGAAAUUCACUCAAACUGGAACCGGAAGUGCCCAUGGUCAAGGCGUAUACACGUACUGCAACGACACAUUAACAGGGCUACUACAUAAGAAUUACUUACUAUUGUGGAAGGAACCUUUCUGCAAGUACAAUUGCUCUGCACUCAUUAAAAGUUAAUUCAAGUCUCCUUAAUUAUCCAAAUUAUUAGAAACAAACUGGAAGAGUGGGGAAUGCGUUUAAGAAAACCUUAUGUACUGUAGGAUUAAUAUUUGGUCAAACAAUUUUGGUUAGCUUCAGUGUCAUGCACAUCUCAACCCUAUAGAACAUGAACGGGACAAGAUGGACCAGAGAUUAAGCGCUUUUGCAGCAGCAGAAUCUGGCGGAAAUAUAGAGGACGACCUAGUCCAUACAUUGAAUAACAUUCCAUAAGGAUUUUUCUUUAAUUGUGUGAAUUCUUUGAGAAGCAAAUGUCUUGAUCUUAAUUCGUUUGCACGGAGGAUAAAAACAGUAUUGAACGUUGCGAAUUUUCAAUUCUAGGGUGCCUUCACGCUUCUGCAUUUUGUGUUAAAUUCCUUCGAUAUAAUUAGAUUAAGUGAAAAAAAAAUAUUUUGCUUCUUUUUAUCCUGUAUAGUUUUCAAUUUAUAUUGUCUGAAUUAUUUAAUAUAAAAGCAGUGUAAAACAAAAACUUACGUGGGGACUUAGAAAUUUUGAUUAGUAUAUAUACCUUCAAGGAGAAUUGAAGAUGAAGAUUCCGCUUUGCUAGAAGGAUCGUUUAAAUGUAACAUUUGAGGAUUUUCUCCUAUUACAGAUUUACUAUAUAUUAAGUGUAAGUUCAGUUCUGCAAGUGCUUAGCAAGAUAUUUUUCCAGGAUCUUUUUUAUCUUUCCUGAAAUAUUCCACAACGAUUGAUCUUGUAGCACAUUUUCCUCAAUCCAACAGACGUUUCCUACCUCAACGGCGAGAUUUCCGCAGAGUUAUGUAGUUGAAAUAAUGAACAUUGUAACCUGAAUUUUUUUUCAUAAUAAUUUAUUAUCAAGUGUUUUUAUGCUCAGAGUUAUGAAUUUAAACAUGUUAGAAACAUGUGUAAUAUCAUGGCUCAAUUAGAAUUUAAUCCAAAGCAGCCACUUUAAUGUCACAACUAAGGAAACAAUGCAAGAGAUCUGAGAAACGAUGUUCAUUAUGGAAUGGAGAAAAAUAAUGUACAGUGCUGCAUCCCAUGAUAAAGAACACUGUUUUUGGAUCCAUGAAGUAAAUUUAAUAGGCCAUUUUCUAUACAGUAGUUUCUUACUGUCCCGAUUCUCUGCAGACAAUGAAAAGAGUCCAAAAAUGUCCAGAAACAUUAGCUGAAUGGAACACAAUGGCGACAAGAAAAAAAUGUGAAGAUUAUAAUCAGUCUUGCACAGAUUCUUUCAAAUUCAUGUAUCACUGCGUUGUCAAUUCUUACCUCAAUGAAACAAUAGAAGUUUGUGCUCCAUCAGCAUUUAUUACGGGUUACUGUUGUGAAUUCAAUGCCAUAGGCGCUGUAAUUCAACGAAAUUAUGAUGCAGAUUGUAGCAAUUUUUCCUCUAAUCCAUGCACUGAACCGUAUUUUUCCUAUGAGGGAUACAAGCAUCCUGAAUGUUACGCACUAGUGCAGCGGCGAGGCUAUCAAAAAACAACAGUUGAACCAGAUACAGAAAAUAAAACUAGUAUAGAAAAUGAUGGGAACGAUGGAAACAGUGAUGAAGAACAAACAUUGAUUUUGGCAAUCAUUAUUGCAUGGAUGUGUAUCUUAGCAGGGGCUCUCGCAAUAUUUUUAGUGCUAUUCAGGAACAGGAAAGGAAAGGAAUGUUGCUGUUUUUCUACAGAGGAAAAUUCCAACUUUGAUUCAGUAACGGAACAUAAUGACGACGUUCAAAUAUGCAUGCUAGAACUUUUGCCUUCAAACGUUGAGGAGAAUACGGUGAUGACGGAAACAGUUCCUAGUGCAGAAGCAAGAAAAAUCAAAAAGAAGUCUCUUGAGUUAAAGGAUUCAAACAUAAAAAAGAAGAUAAAAGGUACACAGUUCAGAGGACGUUUUUGUGGUGAUGCCUGCAAACAUACAAAAAGGAAAGAAGGACAAUAAAAUGUUUGCAACUGCAUGCUUUUUCAUGUGAGCUUUUCUGAUCACAUUUUGUCUGUAGUCCGUCUGUCUGUAAACUUUUCACAUUCUUCUUCUUUAGAAGUACUGGGUCAAUUUUAACCAAAGUUGCCACAGAGCAUCCUUGGGUGUAGCGAAUUCUUCUAAUGAAGGGUCAAGCCCUCUUCCAAGGGGAGAUAAUUAUGAAUUAUUGAGAAAUUUAAGUUUUACAUAGGAAUAUAUAGAAAAAAAAUUUCAAAAAUCUUCCUCUCCAGAACCAUGGGCAAGGAAAGAUGAAACUCAUGUGGAAGCAUCUUCAGGUAGUGUAGAUUCAGGUUUGUUUACAUCAUGACACCUGGAAGUAAAGCGGGGCCAUAAUGGCUGAUCAAAGUAUCAACAAUAUUUUGUAAUUGGGAUGAAGAUUAUUUUUGGUACAUUAUUUAUAUCGGAUAAUUGUAAUUAUGAUUAAUAACUUCCUAUUCAGGACGAUUAGAUUUUAUAUUUAGAUUUGUAACGUGAUGCGGCAGUCUCGUGAGUUUAACACAUUUACUUGCAGUAUUGAUGUAACCUAUAAAUUUCACUAGUGCAAGGAAACAACCAUGAUAAAAUUCAAAGAUUAGUUUAUAAAUAUUUUCAUAUUUUCGAGAUUUCAUCAAGAUUGCAACACUUUUCAGAUACCUUAACACUUCUAGAGUUGAAUUGUGAGAGCUUACUUAGAUCCAUUGAGUGUAUGCCCUUGUACUAGAUCUAUUUAUUAAGACCCCCACAUUAUCAUCCGAUGUACUUGCAUACAAAUAUACUGCAGUUUCAAUUAAAUACGUAAUGCACAGAAAAUAUAUUAAUUAAAUCGUGAAGAAAAACAUAGAAUCCAGGGUAAUAGCAUAUAGAAUAUCUGUAAAUAAUAUUUUAUUUGAUUAUAGAUUACAUUUUGCGUUAAGAAAAUAUUUAUACUCUGCCUCUCACUGCAUACAAACUGUACGUCACGUUUUAUGAAAUGACGUUACACGGACAAGUUGUUUGCGAUUAGUGACUUGUUUAUAACUUGUUAUGUGGGAUUAAGCUAACGACAAAACAGCAUGCUGUAGAAAGUUUGAUGCUGUUUGAUGAUUUAUUGGAAGUAAAAUUAGCAAUCGCCUCAUUCUGUGGUAUUUCAAAGAAUUGUUGUGUGUCGUAUAUUUUGUAUGAUGACAAAGUUAAAUUUUCCCGUACAAAUUAAGCUCCGCCUCCUUUUUGUAACCUUAACUAUACUGCGUAGGAACAGUCUGUAAAAAUCUUCUUCUCCAGAACCAUUGGGCCAGGAAAGAUGAAACUUAUGUUGAAGCAUCCUCAGGUAGUAUAAAUUCCAGUUUGUUUAAAUCAUGACCCCCGUGGGUUGGGCGGACCACUAUAAUGGUCAUAUUUUUACAUUUGAGUAUAUAGGAAAAAUCUUUAAAAAUCUUCUGGGCCAGGAAAGAUGAAACUCAUGUGGAAGCAUCCUUAGAUAAUAUUAAUUCAAAUUUCUUUAAAUCAUGAAAUCCGGGGUAAGGGCGGGGCUGCAAUUGCUAAUCAAAGUUUAACAUACUAUAAGGAAUAUAUAGUGAAAAAAUCUUUAAAAAUUCUUCCUCUCCAGAACCAUUGGGCCGGGAAAGAUGAACCUUUUGCGUACGCAUCCUCAGACAGUGUAAAUUCAAGUUUGUUCAAAUCAUGACCCUAGGAGGGGAGGGAGGGGCCACAAAGGCUGAUCAAUGUUUUACAUAGGAAUAUAUAUGAAAAAUAUUUUUAAAAAAAUUUCUUCUCAAGAACCUUUAUUCCAGGAAAGAUGAAACUCAUGUGGAAGCAUCCUCAGGAAGUGUAAAUUCAAAAUUUGUUCAAAUCAUGACAUCUGGGGUUAGGGCGAGGCCACAAUGGCUGAUCAAAAAACAGAAAGCUUUGUUAAAUUUAAUUGACAUGUAAGCAUCUGCAAGUAUAAGAUUUAAAUUUAUUCAGAGAAUGUGAAAGAGAGGGAUUGGGGUGUGUUAACGAGAGCUCACAGUGGGAGAUCGAGUAAUAUGUUGGAAAAUCUUCCCCCAACAAGUAAGCUUUUCAAUACUUAGCUGAUUUGUGUUGUUUAACUAGCCCAUAUGCUCAGGUGAGCGAUGAGGCCCAUGGGCCUUUUAUCGUAUAUCUUUUUUUUAAUUUUGAUGAAUGCUUUUGCCACGUGAUCUUUACAGAGGAAAUUUAAGAAAUCAGGACUGUGCUUAUUUUUUUUUAAUUAUUUAAGAGCUAAAAAUGUCUGCUACCUCUCUGUUUGAAACGCAUUUAAAAAAGGAUGAGUGUACCGAACCCGACUGUAUACGCCGGUCUCGAGCAAAAUAUUUUCUAAAAAGAUAAAGGCAUCUAUAUUACAUUUAUAUAUGCUGUUAUCUCAAAUAAAAAUAC